AUGGGGCACGAUGAGGAUGUCGAGGGACAACGUGCUUUGCCAUGUUGCGCCGAUGCCAGCUGCUUCUUGCAUCUUGCAGCGAGCUUCUCCUCAGGAGUGGUUGCACCUCGUGGCUGCUCGAACGCAUUUGAAGGCGACAAGUUAUUCGGCUUGCAGGCACAUUUCGCGGAUGACUGCCGAAAGGCUGAAAGCCGCGAGAGCACAGUCUCUGUGCGCUUGAAACUUCAGGGUGGGGGCCGGUUUACCCAGUCGCUCCGCCUAUCUCUCACUUCAGUCGCUGAAAUUCUCACUCUCACCCUCACUCUCACCAGCGACUUCCGCUUCUCACUUUGGACCCGUGAGGGCAUGGUGUCCUUUUCAAUCGAUGCUCUUGCCGGGUCGUUGCACCCUGGGCGGUUCUCAUUUGUGUGGGAUUCUGAUGGCAAGCUGAGGAACUGGUUCACGUUCAGCUGUUCUGCGGCCGCCUGGCUGCACAUGGCAAGAAAUGCCAAGUUUGUGCGAAAGCUGAAGGGCCUGGAGAAGUUGCGCCUCCGACGGGUGAGCAACAGGGCUGUGUAUAAAAGCUCAUCGGGUGCACUGCGAGCAACAUCCCGAGAUGAGGAGCUGCGUGAUUAUUUGUGCCUUCGGGAGUACUUCAUCCGCAAAGUGCUGCUCUGGAGAUACACGCGCCACUCGAUAUGUACUUGGCGACGUGUUUCCCGGGCUUGCCGCCCAGAUUGCCAGGCCACCCUGGAAGAGAAGCAGAUGGCAGACAAGCAGAUCAAGGACAUGAUGGACGACAGUUUCGCUUUCAGCUCUUAUCUCGCCUUGAACGUCGAGAAAGGCGUCAAAGAUUCGAUCGAGCUGCAUGCUGGCACCUGGAUUGCCAUCAUCAUCCUGUUCUCUGCUUUGGCGCUGUUGUGCAGGUUUGCGCAGGUCAACCUGCUCGACAUGAUGCCACUCUUCGUGGCAUUGGCACUCUUGUUGCUGUUGCUCAUGGUCUUGCUGACCAAGCAGCUCCGACGCAUGUUUGUUUUGUCUUGUGACUCCUUGCAGCUUUGCAUUUGGCGUGGCAGGCAGGACACGGAAGAUCCCAGAGGAAACAUCGCGAAAGCGCACACGAACCGGUUGAACCGCAUCAUACAGGCGACGAGAAGACCACAGUCGGACAUGGCUGCAGAAUGCGCUCAACUUCCCAUCAGAGGUCUGAUGUUUCGAGACCCACUAGCGUAUUCGCACGUGUCCAUGGGGCCAGAAACGGAUGGGGUCGUUGAAGAAAGCGUCCUUGGCGCGACCUUGAAGGGCCGAGGCCGCUUCUCGCCUGAGAUGUUCCUCGGAAUGCACUUUCAGCAGCACGGGACAGCCGACUCUGUUUGGCUCAUCUGUGGCUCAUUGUCAUGGGAUGUUGACAUACCUUUGCAAGUGUCACUGUCACUGCCUCGGCUGCUGAGGUACAUCAAUCGCUUCCUUCAGAUCUUCCUGUUUGUCAUCUCAUACACCUUUGCCAAAUCUGUCGUCGAUUACAGCGCAUGGAAGAGGCACUUCGAGUUCACGCUUCUUCUCGGAGCUGGAUUCGUGAUCCUUUACUUGCUGCUUCUGUACCUGCUGCCAUCCUACGUGCCUGUAUUCUUGCAGCUCAUGGCCCUUCCUCCUUUUCUGGAUAAUGACAACUUAAAGGUAUUUCUCAGCGUAUUGGACGACGACUUCGCUCUCCGAGCUUGA